UUAAUCAGUUGUUGUCUCGUGUCCGUCACUGUUAAAUACUCCUUCAACGCGGCGUCACGCAGCAGUUAAUGAAGAGCGUGCGUAAUGUUUAACGUCCAGGGUCGGAAAUAUGUCCCCACGCGCUCCUCGGUCACUGACGACUCUUCGCUAACCGUACAGGCUGUUCACAUCAACAAGUCCCCGAAGAAGCUCUACGAGGCACCGGAGGCGACGUGGCCGCCACUGGUUGAUAAUAUGCGGAUCUCCAAGGCUAACAAGGGCGCGGCGGUGGUGAGGGCUGUGCGCCGGCAUCCGUCACCUCAGCCGGCCAGUCUGGAGAGCCUGGAGGCGGCGUGGAGCGACAGAGUGCACCGGGAGGUGAAAUCACCAGGGAGUUUACCGGUCCCCGAGAGACUGAACGGUGACGGAGAAGCUUGUGUGAGCGGGCAUGGAGGGGGGCCACCGCGGAGCAGGAAGAAGGGGUUCAAACCCCCGGACGUCCGGACCAUUUUCUCCCCCGAGGAGAGAGACCCGAGGGUGAAGCAGGAGUCCGGGGAGGGACACAGCUUCGAGGACACAGAGGAGGACACCUGGUGUGAUGUGUGCUGCGAGUACAUCUUCCAGCCUGGUCUCACCUGUGCAGGUUGUAAAUACACAUGUCACACAACGUGUCGAGACCGAGUGUCACUGGACUGUCAGCCUGCUGCCUCACCUGUCAAUCAAGACCAGAUCAACAACAACAACACCUAUGAUGUGGAAAAGGAGAGAGAGUUACGCACAGAGUUUAGCAGAGAGGAAAUCAGGCACAAGAUUGAACAUUACAACUGUCUGACCAAAGACCAUCUAAAAAUGACACUGGCUCAGUCAGGUGUGUACACUGGGUUCAUUAAAGUGCAGAUGGACCUGCGGAGGCCGGUGACGGUGCGCGGUGGACAGAGAGGAGGAACUGUGCUGAAGGAAGCUUUUUAUCUGCCACGAGGCGUCAACAACACAUUGCACAUCAGCUCUAAUAACACAGUCAGAGAGGUGAUCGUUGCCUUGCUGAACAAGUUCACUGUCGCAGACAACCCAGCGAAAUAUGCUCUGUACAAACGCUACCGCAGGGAGGAGCAGGUGUAUGUGUGUAAACUGGCAGAUGGCGAGCAGCCGUUGUUUCUUCGUCUCGUAUCAGGACCUGACGCUGACACACUCAGCUUUGUUCUGAGGGAACAACAGACCGGAGAAGUCAUGUGGGACGCCUUCUCCAUCCCUGAGCUGCGGAACUUCCUGCGGAUCCUUGACAAAGAGGAGGAGGAGCAAAGGGAGGCCGUUAUUCGCCGCUACAACAGUUACCGCCACAGACUGCAGGAGGCACUAUGGGGAGUACGAGCGUCUUCUUAGAGGAUUUAACCUCUGACCUACAUGUGUGAGGAUAGAACGUGAGCACAGACUGAUGCAGACAAAUGAACACAUAAAAGUCAUGUGCUCAUCGAGAUUCAUUCAUUCUCUCAUCCAUCAUCCCGCUCUUCUUCCUCUCUCACUCUCUCACUUAAAUGAUCUUCCUCUUUGUUUGUUUUUUCAAUUUAAUUAAGAGUUUUAUUUAUUGACUUUUUUAUUUAUAUGGGUGAAGUUUUUGUUGUUUUCUUUUAAAAAUGUGUCUUUUUUGACUCAGAUAAUCAUUUAUUCACAUCAUUUAAUAAUGGAUGUAAAUAUGAAUCAUAGAAAUCAUUCAUGUGUUUAUAAACUUAUAAACAAAGCUACAAUUUUAGUUUUUAUUCCAAAAGCCCAUAAGCAGUGUGAACGAGAUGUUUGUCCUCAUUAUCUGUCUUUGUCUUCAUCUCUACAGCUUCAGACAGACACAAUAACACGUGUGAGGACAAAGACAGAUACAUUUUAACAUCUAAGAAAAGUAAAGAGGACAAAGACAGACAUUUAACACUUCAAAGAAAAGUAACAAGGACAAAGACAGAGACAUUUAACACGUCAAAGAAAAGUAAUGAGGACAAAGACAGAGACAUUUAACACGUCAAAGAAAAGUAACAAGGACAAAAACGGAGAAAUUUAAACAUCAAAGGAAAGUAAGAAGAGGACAAAGACAGAGACAUUUAAACAUCUAAGAAAAGUAAUAAGAGGACAAAGACAGAAGUAUUUAAACACAUCAAAGAAAAGUAAGAAGAGGACAAAGACGGAGACAUUUAACCAUCAAAGAAAAGUAAGAAGAGGACAAAGACAGAAAUAUUUAAACACAUCAAAGAAAAGUAAGAAGAGGACAAAGACAGAGACAUUUAACCAUCAAAGAAAAGUAAAGAGGACAAUGACAUGAAUAUUUAAACGCAUCAAAGAAAAGUGGAAGAGGACAAAGAGAGACACCUGGUCAGACAUGAUGACGAGGAAGAAGUUGAUGAAGGUUUCUGGACGUUGACUGAGAGUUUUAGAGGAAGUUUAAAACAGAGGAAGAUGAGUUUUUUUCAUUGACUGUAACCAUGACAACGACAUGACUGACGGAGAUUUUUAUGAAGCUGCUUUAAAAAUAUACCUGGAUUUUCUUCUAAAGACCAAAGAGAAUCAUUUUCACUGAUCAAUCACAGAUCAAUAUUUCAUCAAUGAUACAAAUCUGAUGUAAAAAAAAAAAAAAAAGACGUCACACUGUACCAUUGUGCCACCCAGUGGACAAACACUGAAACUACUCUAUUUAAUAAUUAUCUUACAGAGUUUAUUUCUCAUUUUGUUGUAUGUUUGUUUUGCUGUAACCAAAGAAAAAGGGUUUUAAAUUUUAUUCUAUUUUUAAACACUGGGUUUAAUCUGUGGAGGCAAAAAAAGGCCACAUUAAACAUUUAAAGGUUCAAUCUGCUGAUGUGUGAAGAUUUGUUCAGUUGCAUUAUGGUAAGAGACGUUUUUUGGGAUUGAUUCAGUUCCUUUAACCUUUACAUUAGGGUCAUGGGGCGGAGCCAAUCCCAGCUGACAUGUGGGGUUUAAAUUGAAUUUCCUUUAAUUCCAGGUUGUUUUAUUUUUUGUAAAAACUUUAUAAACGUUAAGCUUUUUGGCCUCUUUUUGCUUCCGUACAGUAAAUGAAAAGUGAUACAAAUGUCACCAUAAAAGCUGUUGAUACAUCUUAAAGCCAUGAUGAUGUUGUUGUUUAUGUAAACGCAUCACACCUGAUAAGUUGUGUCACUAUUUUCUUCUUUUUUUUUAGGCACUUUAACUCUGAAUUCAGGGAUUUAUUCAGAUGAAUUUCUAAACUGUGGCCAUGAAACUUUAUUUUAACAUUUUCAUCUUUAUAUAAAAGAUCAACUCUGUUUUCUACUUAAUCUUAUGGAAAUACAGUUUAACAGAAGUUACCUGAAAAAGCUUCUGUGUGAUUUUUAUGUUUCUGUUUUUCUGACUGUGAAACUCGUCAUGUGUUUAAACGUCUUCACAUUUAUUAUUUUUAUUAUUAUUAUUAUUAUUAUUAUGAUAAUAUAUUAUUACAUGUGCAGCAGCAGGCGCUUUAAUAUAAAUCAGUUUUCUCCACAUUUGAACACGAUGAUUAGAAAUGAUUGAAAGCCCCAGAUUAUCCACUGUGUUUUCAGAUUAUGUUCCUGAUAAUUUCACAUAAUCUGAUUUUUGACUAAAGUUAAAUCUGUGUGUGUUUACUCGUGCUGUUGUACUUUAGACCAACGUGAUCAUGUGAUGUGAACCUCACGAGUUCACGUCACAUGAUCACACGAUACACACACACUUAACAUAGAUGAGGAUUAGAAUUCACUGAUCUCAUGAUUCUGGAUUAAAGUCUGAACUUUGUCUUCAGUUUUUUAACAGCAGCAGAAAAACUGAAGUUUUUUAAUGUACUGAAAUUUGAUUCUCUAAAAUCAAAUAUUUAUUUUUCCUCAAAUGUUUUUUAUUAAAGGUGAAAUUAAAAUGUGUUUGUUGUU